AUGGCGUCCGUGGACAAGCCUCCGUCCGACCACAAGGAGGAGCAGCGGGCGCGAGACAAGCGAGAACGAGAUGAGCUCCACGAGCGCAUCAUCGAGCGCGAGCGGCAGAACAAGCGACAUGUCGCCAGCAGCACCACCGGUGCCGAAGCAGCUCAAAGCAAGAAGCAGUUCGAGUUCGCCAAUGAGGAGGAACGCCGAGAUGCCAUUGACCACAUCCGGCUCAUGGCGCGUCGGAAGUACCUGGGUGAGCGAGAGGUGAAGAUCUCCGACCUUAGAGGCCGGCAGGUGGCAGAUGCCGAGUGGCUGCUGAAGGGCGAGAAGCUGUCUGAUUCGGAGCAGCAGUACAUCCAGCUCGAGCGGCAGCUCUACGACGUCACCAAGCAGCGGAUUGAGGAGCGUGGUUUAGAGCGGCAAGACACCUAUAACAUGCCAGACACCUACGACGACGAGGAGAUGAGCAAGUCAGGCCGUGACAAGCGCUUUGCCGUUUUGGAGCAGCGCUACCAGCAGACCUACGACGAGAAGUGGCAGCCAAACGAGGAGCAGCAGCUAGAGGACGCGACUGUGAACAAGGCGGUGGCGAAAUAUGGCGCGCAGAAAGGUCGGAAAGAGAACAAGGAGAAGACGCAGUACGAACUGAUCCUCGAGGAUGCCGUGGAGUUCGGUGAGGCGGAGGUCGUCGGUGGCAACUUCAAGGCUCCCACCAUUGCAGAGGGGCCCAAGGCGGAAGCCUCCAGCGACGAGGACGAGAAGGACAUGAACGUACCCAAGGCCGUCCGCGACGCGCGGGCAGACAAAAUGCUGAAGAAGGAGGCAGACAAGCUGCUGAAGGACCGGAAGUCGCUGCCGGUGUACCUCUACAAGGCCCCUUUGCUGGAGGCCGUGCGCGACUACCAGGUCCUGAUCAUCGUUGGGGAGACGGGCUCGGGGAAGACAACCCAGAUCCCGCAGUACCUCCACGAGGUCGGCUACUCCAAGAUCGGCAAGAUUGGGUGCACGCAGCCCCGGCGAGUGGCCGCGAUGUCGGUCGCCGCGCGCGUGGCGAAAGAAUAUGGCUGCAAGCUGGGCCAUGAAGUGGGCUACAACAUCCGAUUCGAGGACUGCACCACCGAUCGCACCAUCAUUGAGUACAUGACCGACGGAAUGCUCCUUCGGAGUUUCCUGCACGAGCCAGACAUGGCGUCCUACUCCGUGAUGAUGGUUGACGAAGCGCACGAGCGGACGCUGCACACGGACGUGCUCUUCGGCCUCGUCAAGGAUGUGGCCAGGUUUCGACAAGAUCUGAAGCUGAUCAUCUCCUCCGCCACGCUGGACGCUGAGAAGUUCUCCGAGUACUUCGACAAUGCGCCCAUCUUCAAUGUCCCUGGGCGCCGCUACCCGGUCAGCAUCCACUACACGAAGGCGCCGGAAGCGAACUACCUGGACGCUUGCGUCAUCACGGUGCUGCAGAUCCACUUGACCCAGGGGCCCGGUGACGUGCUGGUCUUCUUCACCGGGCAGCAGGAGAUCGAGGAGGCGAUGGACCUUCUGAGCUUCAAGACGCGAGGCAUGGGCACUGCCAUGGGAGAGCUCCUGGUCCUUCCCAUCUACGCCAACCUCCCCACGGAUAUGCAGGCAAAGAUCUUCGAGAAGACGCCCGAUGGCGCGCGGAAGGUUGUGCUGGCCACGAACAUCGCUGAGACGUCCAUCACCAUUGACAACAUUGUCUACGUGAUUGACCCCGGCUUCUGCAAGCAGAACUCCUUCAACCCGCGGACAGGCAUGGAGUCUCUGAUUGUCGUGCCCUGCUCAAAAGCCUCGGCGAACCAGCGAGCAGGGCGGGCGGGGCGAGUCAAGCCAGGCAAGUGCUUCAGGCUCUUCACGAAGUGGUCCUACGAACAUGAGCUGGACGAUGAUAAUGCGCCGGAGAUCCAGCGGUCCAACCUGGGCCACGUAGUGCUGAUGCUCAAGUCCAUUGGCAUCGACGACCUGCUACACUUUGACUUUAUGGACCCCCCGCCGCCAGAGACCCUCAUCAAGGCGCUGGAGCAGCUGUACGCACUCAGCGCCCUCAAUGACCAGGGUGACCUCACGAAGCUUGGCCGACGUAUGGCGGAGUUUCCCAUGGACCCGCAGCAGUCCAAAUCCCUGAUCCAGGCUGACAAGUACAAGUGCGUGGAUGAAGUGGUCACAAUCUGCAGCAUGCUUGGCGUGGAUGGCGCCAUCUUCUACCGGCCGAAGGACAAAGGCAUCCACGCGGACAACGCCCGGAAGAAUUUCCACAAGCCGGGGGGCGACCACAUGACCAUGCUGCACGUGUACAAGCAGCGGCUUUGA